AUGGGCUGCUGCUUCAGUAAAGAAUUGAGUAACAACACGAAUGAGGAGAAAACCAGCUUGUUACAAAAAUCUGUGGAAGAGGAAGCACAAGAGUCAAGGAUAAGUAAAACUUUAUCUUCAAUUUUAGGAACUGUGGAAAGCCAGGGUCUGCAUACAGUGGGAAGGACAGUUAACGGGGCAGCUGCAAUAGUCGGCAUUGAAUGCGUUGAUAGUGAUGAUGGCGCAGCAGCAAAUUCUAAAUCUGGGUUCUGGGAUAGAAAAGCCAAGUAUCCGUCACAAAAAAGCGUGGAGAAUACUCCCCAUGAGAGCUCUAGGAGAACGUAUGACAGACCUUUUAGCUUCUUUAAUUCCUUUAGUCACCUCCUGAAGGUCUCUGGUAGAUACGAAAAUCUGCAGAAAAGUGAAGGAAAGAAAGAUAGGGUUAUUAAAAAAAGAGCACCUAAAAAAUCUAAUAGCAAUGGUCAGCACGUGAACAAUAUAGAAAAUAUGAAUAGUAAUAUUAAUAAUGAAAAUAUAGCUUCAGAAGAGCAUUGCUUGUUUGAUCAUACUUCCACUUCACAUGUACCAGACAUCCUAGCCAAAGGCUUACAGGGCGAAAUUUCCUUAAAUAGAAAUUUUCUGGAGGAUUAUGCAGUUACAUGUGACCAUUCAAAGCAGAAUGAAACAACAGUAAAUGUUGAAGGUGACAAGAGUGACAGCCUACAAAAAGUUUCAAGUUCAUACAGAGAGAUGUCUCCAACACUUUCUUAUCUUGAUGUAGACAACAGUCAAAAUACAAAAGAUAGGGAAUUUUACAGUAUUUGUGUUGUAGAUGCUGAAGAUCUGAAAGGGGAUGAAGAGGUGCCAGCUACUGUGCAUGAAGGGAUUGCAGCAGACAUAGAUAACUCAGCUGUUAGUGAUGAAGGAAUGUGCAGUGUGACACAGCCUCUAGACACUGGGGAGGAAUUUCCAAUGCAGCUAUUGGCACAAGUGGAAGCUAAGCUUAAUUCACAGAAAGAACUGUUUGAGCAUAAAAAAGAGGAUAGGUCAGACAUGCAGAAAAAGGAAACAAAGGAAUAUAGUAGCACAGACAUCCCAUCUUCUGAUGAUAAUUUACCAGUUAACAGGUGUCAGGUGCAUAGGUUAAAUACUGACAAUACAGUAAUAGGUGACUUAAGAGCAAAAGUUGUCCCUGAGAAUCAACAAGAGGAGGUAUAUACCAUAGGUAAUGCUGACAGUUGGAAUGAAUCCCUCCAUAGAGCUUAUGAUUCUGUAAAAUUUGCGGAUGCUGCUGAAGAGGACCGAUACAGCACUAAUUUGGAAAACAUGAAACACGGUGAUCGUAUUUCUAACGUGUUGUUAAACACUGAAGUACGUAAUUCAGGAAAAAUUGAGGAAAGUCUUGAUUCUGAGGUUGUACCAUUUGGUUUAAGUAGGCAUGGCUCAAGUGUUGUAACGGAAACAGUUGCUAAACAGGUGGCAGAGAACAUGAGAGGUAACUUUAAAUUAUCAUUAGAGUUACAUGAAAUGGACAAUGAUUCUUUUUUGGUGAGUCAACAUGUAGAAAACCUUGAAGAAGGCUGCUUCCUAAAGCCAGAAAGUGAAGUAAACUCAAAUGUGAAAGAGAGAACAUUUCGAAGAACGUAUGGUGAUAGCCAAACGUUUGCACCUGACUCUAGUGAACUUCACAGUGUUUUGGAAGAAAUCUUGAAAGAUAAAGAGAAAUGCACAGGUACAGUUUUGCAUUGCUGUGAAGCUUUGAAUAUGACUGAAAUGCAUGAAAACUUGGAAGAAAGUUCUGCUUUUCAAACUCCUAUUAAUGUUUGCACUGAAAACAAGGCAUCAGCUGAAGUUGCAAACCUUAGUGGCAUGGAGGAGGAUGUCUGUGUGAAUAUUGCUGAGCUAAAAGGUGAUGUGCUUGAGGAAGCUGGUAGCUUGAGCAGAACUCAAUCAUGGGUAAGUGACGGCACUUUGACUUCUCAUGAACUACAUAACACAAGUGCAGAUGAAAUGCUUCUAAAGGAAAACAGCCUAGAGAUUUCACAAGAGUCACCAGAGAGUAAAGGUAAAGUGUGCAAACAUUCAAAUUCAGAUGACAAAAACAGUCUCUCUUCUGUGUCUGUGGAACAUGAGGCUAUGAAUAAAAUAGACAUGAACUGUAGACAAGAUGAGCAACAGGAAGUAUGUUCCUUCCACUCAGUGGAAAAUCAGUGGAAUGCAGGGACUGACUCAGCCAAAAUAGCUGGGGAUGUAGUAGAAUCUGUAAAACAGACAAAAUUUGAAGUUCACCUAAGUGAGACAAUUGAUAACAAGGCAGAAAACGUAAAACAGAAUUUGGAUGCCAACAUUGUUGAUCAUGAUAAAAAUAUCUCAAAUUGCAAUAAAGGCUUGCCUCACGAUCAGAAUACUUACUGUAACUCCCCUGUGCCUGUAGCUUUUGACAGUUGUUUGUACAAGAGUGUAAAAUUGAUAGAUGACACUAAAAAUCUGGAAGAUGCCAGAAAUCUCUUUCAUGAAGCCCAUAAUUGUUUACCUUCAUUGUGUCAAAAUUCAUAUUCUCAUGUGCAUGAAAAACCAGCGGAAGAGCCUGAGUUAUGUCACUGUGCCAGUCCAGAGCCAGAGGUUGGGAACACCCAAGUUUCUGUUGGGCCUUUUACUGAAGUAGGAUCAGAAACUCAUGAAAAAAGUGUUUGUGAUGCAAGUGAAUGUACUCUUCAGGAUGGUGAAGCGAAACAGUGUGUGAGCAUCCAGUCAAAGGAGGAGAACCUCACUGGGUUUAGUAUGUCAACUGGGAAUCUAGAAGUUUUUACCGUGGAGAAUUUAAAGCAGUUAGAAGCCAAGGCUGCUGAACUGAAGAACACCAGUUACAUAUUAAAUACUCAGAUGAGUGACUUGACCACAAGUUGGGAACAGAUGCAAUCAGAUCACAAGAUUUUCUCAAACAAAGAGCUUGGAGUUUUUGUUGACCCAAAGCAGGUAGACAAAUAUGCUGCUACUCCGUCCUAUGAAAUACACAGUGCCUCUGCUGGUGCAGCAGGAUUUCAGCGAGGCAGCGAGCAGUGUGUGUUAGAUCUGAUGGAAGACGUAUUGAGUGACCAAGAGCACUCUUAUGAACUGGACAGACAAAAUGCCCAAGUUGAAAUAUGGUCACAUGUCAUCGGUCUUCAGACUGGCAAUGCUGAUUGGACAAAUCAGCUAUUUUCUGACACAGUUACUGCUGCUAAUGGUGAAUAUCUGAUGGGCUUUUUAUGGAAUAAUGUAAUUUCUAACAAUACCGUGAAGAAUGACAGACUAUGUAUAGUUAGUGAAAACUUCCAGAACAAACCUGAAGAUUUAACAGCUGCUUCAUACGCACUGGGAAGAUACCCAUCUCAGCUGCUAGCACCAGAAAAUGUUGGUACUUGGGGAUGGCAAGACGAAUUUGAGUCAACCAAGGUUUCUGAGUUAAAUCCUAAUGCAAAGGUGUGGGGAAAUCAUAUGUUGCACUUGGAAGCAAGUGGUACCACUGAUGGUAGCGUGAGCAAAACGUGGGAAGAAAUACCUGACCAGCCUCCAGAUUCUUGUAAAGAAGGACUGGAUGCCAAUGGUGAUGGCGACAAAAAGCAUCAGAAUGCAGUGCUGACAGAGCUGCAGGAGCAGUCACCAGCUGUUUCAGUGGCAGACCAGACAGAUAUGAACCCGUUGGCUCUCGAUCAUUCUGACUAUGAGUCUAUGCACGAAACCACCCAGACAGGUGGAAACGAACAGUUGCAGCCAGAAGGUCAAGAAGAUUUGCGAGAAUUACUGAAAAAAACACUGGAGUUCUGUUUAUCUAGAGAAAACCUUGCCAGUGACAUGUACCUUAUAUCACAGAUGGACAGUGAUCAGUAUGUGCCAAUAAUGACAGUAGCAAACCUUGAUCAUGUCAAGAAACUCAGUACUGAUAUGGAUUUGAUUGUUGAAGUGCUGAGAUCAUUGCCUUUAGUCCAAGUGGAUGAGAAGGGAGAAAAAGUUAGGCCAAAUCAGAAUCGCUGUAUUGUGAUUUUACGUGAAGUACCUGAAUCUACCCCCAUUGAAGAGGUUGAAGCACUUUUCAAAGGAGAUAAUUUGCCGAGGUUUAUCAACUGUGAGUUUGCCUAUAAUGACAAUUGGUUCAUCACGUUUGAAUCUGAAGCUGAUGCACAGCAGGCUUACAGAUACCUUAGAGAAGAAGUGAAAACUUUCCAAGGAAAACCAAUUAAGGCAAGGAUAAAAGCAAAGGCAAUAGCUAUAAACACAUUUUUGCCAAAGAAUGGAUAUAGACCUCUGGAUAUGAACCUCUACACGCAGCAGCGUUACACAACAUCCUUUUACUUACCUCCAGUAUACAGUCCCCAUCAGCAGUUUCCAUUGUACAGCUUAAUUGGCCCACAGACCUGGUCAGCCACGCACAGCUACCUUGACCCUUCAUUGGUAACACCAUUUCCGAAUACUGGAUUUAUCAAUGGGUUCACAUCUCCAACCUUCAAGCCUGCUGCUUCUCCAUUGACUACACUCAGACAAUAUCCUCCCAGGAACAGGAAUCCUAGCAAGUCUCAUAUACGUCAUACAAUACCCAGUGCAGAAAGGGGACCUGGGCUUCUAGACAGUCCUACAAUAUUCAACUUUUCUGCUGAUCGUUUAAUCAAUGGCGUCAGGAGUCCACAGACGCGGCAGCCGGGACAAAACAGGACACGGAUGCAGAAUGCUACUACGAGUUAUACCAAGAGGGAAGUAGGAACUGGACGGGUGGAACAGAGCAGCGUUGACUCAUCUCCCGGACUAGGAAGAGGAAGGAAAAACUCAUACGGCUACCGAAAGAAAAGGGAGGACAAGUUUACAAGAGGCCAAACACAGUCUCCACCACCCCCAAAACCUCCGUCUCCUAGCUUCGAAUUGGGUUUAUCUAGCUUUCCUCCAUUACCUGGGGCUGCUGGCAAUUUAAAGACCGAAGACCUUUUUGAAAACAGACUGUCCAGUGUGGUAAUAGGAACAUCAAAAGAAAGAAACAUUAAUGUGGAUGCAAGUACAAACACUAUUCCAUCAGGAAUUCCUCGAGAGCCAUUGUUGCCAGUUUCUUCUACAUUGCCCAGGACGUUUGAAAGGUCUCCUUCGCCAUCCCAGUCUUCUGAGGACUCCAAGGUUGUGGAUAAACAGCAGAGAGAGACACAGAGUACAGAAAGGCUUUCUUCUUCCACACUCAGUACUGCAUGUAAAUCGGUACAAGUCAAUGGGGCUGCCAUAGAACUGCGAAAACCUAGUUAUGCAGAAAUUUGCCAGAGAACAACUAAGGAUCCUCCUGCGUUGCAACCCCAGAAAGAACAGAAGCCAAACACUGUAGCAUGUGGGAAAGAAGAAAGAAAGCCCACAGAAACAAUAGAGAAAAACAGAGAACCUCCUCCUGCAAAGUCACAUCCUGGACAACCCAAAGACCAGAGGAGACAGUCAGGACGCAGAUCGUCCCCUCCAGCCAUUGGCAAACGCUUAAAUAAAGAACAGAAUACCCCUCCAAAAUCUCCUCAGUGAAACUAACACCUGGGAGGGAUUUGAAAAGAGGGAAAUGGAACGAAAGUCUUAUUUGAAAGCCCUCAAAUGUUUUCCUGAGUCCCUCUAAAAACAAGCGAUUUAACCAAUUCAAGAGUGUUCUGCAAUGUAAAUAGUGAAUUUCAGCAGUCAAACUGUAAUUUUAAGUCAUUAAUAAAAUCAGAUUUAAUUGGAGAAGAACUUUAGACUGCAACAAAAAUAUACACUGAAGCUUACUUGUCUGCUUUCAAGAAUAUCAGUGCUUUUCUUAGCAUAUGAUUCCUAGAGCUGUAAAGUAACUAUAGAAGUUGACUCCCGAUGAGUUUCCUGUUACAAGCAUCAAUUGGUAACUAGUUGACCUUUUAAAUCCAGCCUGUUGUAUGCUGCAGAAUUGGUCAAAAUAGGGCAUGCUGGAAUCUGUUGUUUUUUCUUGUUUAAAAAGCGCACUUUGUGAAUGCUGCGGGAGGAGAUAGGACUCUGACAACAUCCCCAAAACUGCUCAACUAGUUCUGCCACGAGAUUUUUUAAUAUCCUUCUCCUUUCCCCAGCGGCAGUGAAAAAGGUGGCUAGGUUGGUGUAUGGUUUAGGCCAGCUGUAUGGUUCGUUGUGUUUGUCUGCUGCAAGGGGAAGGCUUACCAGCUGCCAACAAUGGCAAGUGGUUCCUUACAGCGAGUGUGUACA